AUGGAUCCCUCAAACCCACCUGCGGCGCAUCCCUCUGCGCCAAGCCUUGACGACCAGACUCCCUCGCAAGGUCCCAAGUCAAAACUUUCCACGCAACCGAGCUCAGCAGGAUCUCUUUCGUCAUCGCAGACCGCCCCGCCACCAUCCACUUCAGCAUCGAGCGCCCUGCAAGCAACAGAAAACCAAUUCCAGACUCCUAGACAGGGCGAAGGCGACGCGUUGCUGGACCCAGCACCUCUAGCCCAUUCAUCAUCUUCCCAAUCAUUAGCGAGGUUAGAACCCUGCAUCCCUUCCUCCAUGCCGGCGAGCAUCCCGGAAUCUUCCAUGCCCGAAGCGGAAGGCGGUCUCGUGCCAUCAUCUGCAGCCCAAUCUGCAGCGAGUCUCGACGACGGCGACAAUUCAGAAACCCCUCGACUCCUUGCCAGCUCGAGUCAAGAUACUUUCAACUACUCUCAACUCCCCGACCCGAGCAUGACCCCGAGGUCGUCCGUGUCCGAGGUCGACAAGCGCCUCUCGAUGUCUUCCCUCGCCUCCUUCGCAUCCACGCGUGGCGUCGCCCCCAGCUCAGCUGCCUCCGCCAACGGCUCGGACGCAGGCGCCGUCCCUUCACGCUCCAAACUCACCAUGAAGCCCUCGAGCAAAUCAUCUUUCUCCGAUGCUGGUGCCGGUGUGGCGGCCACCGCUGCCUCGUCGCCCUCCUCGGCACACUUCCCACUCCAAGGUGGUACUUCCGGUCCGCAGCGUAGCCCUCGUGAUCCGUCGCAACAGCAGCCGACUACGUCUUCCUCCUCCGACAGGUUGAACCGCCGAGCCCCGGGCCAAAAGUCGGAGCCGGGCCAACCGCGGUCCGCAACGACCCGGUCGAGAAGUCGUGUCCAGCGUCGCUUCAGCGGGAGCCACAUCACUAGCUCCCAUAGCCCGGCCAGCGACCGAAGUCCAAAUCAAAAGGAAGAAUCCAAACCGGCCCCUUACGGCGUCAUCGGAGUGUGUGCUUUGGAUAUCAAGGCCAGGAGUAAACCUAGUCGAAACAUUCUUAGUCGAUUGAUCGAACAGGGAGAAUUUGACAUUGUUGUUUUUGGCGACAAGGUUAUUCUUGAUGAAGAGGUUGAAAACUGGCCGAUAUGUGACUACCUUAUUUCCUUCUACUCAGAUGGCUUCCCCCUCGACAAGGCAGUCGCCUACGUCAAGGCCCGCCGGCCAUUCUGCGUCAACGAUGUUCCCAUGCAGCGCAUACUCUGGGACAGACGACUCUGCCUUCAGCUCCUCGACAAGGUCGGCGUCCCCACCCCGCCCCGCGUCGAUGUAAGCCGCGACGGAGGCCCGGCGAUCCUAGCCCCCGAAGUGGCCAAGCACGUCCGGGAUAUUUCCGGCAUCUCGCUCGAGCCUGUAAAGCCCGCCGUAAUCCCUCCGCCGAAAAAGGUAGAGCUCCUCGAGAACGGCGACGUCUUGAGCGUCGACGGCGUUACAUUGAGGAAACCAUUUGUCGAGAAACCGACGAGCGGAGAGGAUCACAACAUCAUCAUUUACUUCCCAAAAUCGGCGGGUGGCGGCGCGCGGAAAUUGUUCAGGAAGAUCGGGAACAAGAGCUCCGAGUUCGUGCCCGAUCUUGACGUCCCCCGCGCCAUCACGCAGCCGACGGAGAGCUACAUCUACGAAAAAUUCAUGCAGGUCGACAACGCCGAGGACGUCAAAGCCUACACCGUCGGCCCGACUUACUGCCACGCCGAGACGAGGAAGUCGCCCGUCGUCGACGGUAUCGUGCGCCGCAAUACCCAUGGCAAAGAGAUCCGCUACGUCACAGCCCUCAGCCCGACGGAGAAGGACAUUGCUAGCAAGAUUUCGCUGGCCUUCGGUCAGCGCGUCUGUGGCUUUGAUUUCCUACGUGUCGGCGGGAAGAGCUACGUCAUUGAUGUGAAUGGAUGGAGCUUCGUCAAGGAUAACAACGAUUACUACGAUCGUUGUGCCAACAUCCUGAGGGAGAUGUUCUUGAAGGAGCGGAUUAGGAGGGGUGCUCCCACCCCGAUCCCUUCGCCAGCCGCGUCCGACUUUCCCGAUCCUAGCAUGUCCCGCUCGUCUAUGACGUCGAGGGAUAGGGACUUUGCGCGUCCGACAGGAAGCGCUGGAACGGCUGCUGGAAGCAAGAAGAGCCUGGAUAUUCGUGGUGCGGAACCGUCGCAGACAACGUCGAGCUUCACAGUUCUCAAGGCAGAGCCGGUCGUAAACCAUCAUAAGUUGCUGGCUUCCACCGCGUCCAUAAUUCUCUCGUCUCACGACAUGGCUGGCGCGGGCUCUAUCUCUGCGGCGCCAUCCAUCAUCUCUGCCGGCACCUCCGUUCCGGCCGAGACGGAGCAUACCCACGAGGAAGAGCAGCACCAGGCGCCACCACCACCUAAGCAUUCGUGGAAGCUCAAGGGCAUGGUCUCCGUCAUCCGCCACGCCGACCGGACUCCUAAACAAAAAUCCAAGUUCACGUUCCACACGGAGCCGUUUAUCCAGCUCCUCAAGGGCCAUCAGGAGGAGGUGCUCCUGAUCGGAGAGCCGGCGCUGGCGAGCGUCAAGCAGGCCGUUGACAUUGCUGAGCUAGAGAAGAAGGAGGAUCCCGCGAAGCUCCGCGCGCUCCGUGCCAUUCUAAAAAAGAAGAGCGGCCUUGCCGGGACUAAGGUGCAGAUCAAGCCGAUGUUCCGCAAGCAGAGCUCCAAGGACACGCCGACGUUUGACGAGAUUGCUCCGAUCGCCGAAGGUGUUGAGUCCGAUGUCCAGCACAGCCAACCGGAGUCCGAAGCCGAUGCAAAGAACCACGUAAAACCCAGACGCAACCCAAAGAGGCAGGAUUCGCUGUCCGGCGUGACUAUGUCGAGGAUCACCGCCGUCGAGAACAGCCUCGUCCUCGACAAGCUUCAGCUCAUCGUCAAGUGGGGAGGAGAGCCGACCCACGCGGCGCGGUACCAAGCGCAGGAGUUGGGCGAGAACAUGCGAAACGAUUUUAAGCUGCUCAACAAGGAGGUUCUGGACGAGGUGCACGUCUACAGUAGCUCCGAGAGGCGCGUGACGACGAGCGCGCAGAUCUGGGCGUCGGCGUUUCUCAAGAAGACGGAUCUUGGGGAGAAUUUCAUAACGGUCCGAAAGGAUCUUCUUGAUGAUUCGAACGCGGCCAAGGACGAGAUGGACAAGGUCAAGAAGAAGCUUAAGGGUCUCCUUAGGGAAGGAAACGAGCGUCCCCCGCAGUUUGCCUGGCCCGACAAGACUCCGGAGCCGUCUGAGGUGCAGAAACGAGUGGUGCAGCUCAUGAAGUUCCUCCGCAAGGCGAUGCAGUACAACUAUCGGAAGCUUAACAGCAACACUAUCCAGGAGGCUCCUCUUUCGAGGACUUCAUCCUGGAACAGCAUCUCGACCGACAAGUUGGAAUCCUCCGGAUUGAGCAGUUCACAGUCGUCCUCGACGUCAAUGAACAAUAUUCAACCGCGCUGGUGCUGCGGCGAGGAUUCCGUCUUGUUCCAGGAGAGGUGGGAGAAGCUCUUUGUCGAAUUUUGCGAUGCGGAGAAGGUGGACCCUAGCAAGAUCUCCGAGCUCUACGAUACGAUGAAGUUCGAUGCCCUUCAUAAUCGCCAGUUCUUGGAAUGGGUUUUCACGCCCACCAACGCUAUGCUCGAGGAGGAAUAUGGUAUUGUGAAGGAGUCGACGAACCAGUUAAAGGAGCAGGAGGAUAACAGCAAGACCUCGGAGGACUCUAGCGCGAGGAAGGUUUCGACGGGCGCUUCUUCUUCUUCGUCUUCUGCCGACAGGGCCGACAAGGCCAGGGGAGAGAGAUAUAGUAAUCAUAAUCAUAAUCACCAAUCGGGCCAGUCGAGCGAGAGGUCCGAGAAGCAGUCGAUGAGGAGGCUCUUCCGGAGGAGGUCAUUCCUCAACGGAUUGCGAAACUACGGCGACACGGCGCAGCCCGAGCAGUACUUCCGCCUAUACAAGAGCAACCCGCUUGUCGUCAAGCAAAAGUCCGACGCCCGCCUUGAGCCCCUCCGAGAGCUGUACCAACUAGCGAAGAUCCUGUUUGACUUCAUCUGCCCCCAGGAGUACGGCAUUUCGGACAGGGAAAAACUCGAGAUCGGUCUCCUGACCUCCCUCCCGCUCCUCAAGGAGGUCGCCCAGGACCUCGAAGACCUCCAGGCGUCAGACGACGCCAAGUCUUUCGUCUACUUCACAAAGGAGUCUCACAUCUACACGCUCCUCAACUGCAUUUUCGAAGGCGGCAUCGAGACCAAGAUCAGUCGCAGCACGAUCCCCGAGCUCGACUACCUGUCGCAGAUUUGCUUCGAGCUUUACGAGUCCGAAACGAAAGCUCCCGAGGACGCGGCGUCGCCCGACGAUGAGCCGACUUUCACCUACUCCAUUAGGAUCACUAUCAGCCCUGGGUGCCAUGUGCCGGACCCGCUCGACGUCCAGCUGGAUAGCCGGCAUUGCAUCAGCUGCGCGCCGCGUCGGAGCUUGACAGCCCAUGCAGACUGGUGGGAGGUGAUUAAGACGUUACGAGCUAAAUUUAACCAGGUUAAAUUACCUAAGAGCUUCAUCGCCGUCAACCUCUCAGACGCCUUCACUUUUGAAGAGCAGGACGAUGCGGAGGAUGAGCCAGAACAUGUCAAUGGGGUCACCAAGAAGCCGGAGGACGACGAACCAAAGGCUGGGUCUCCCGAGCAGGCUAUCGAGCAACAGAAUCAGAGCCAACAGACCCACGACAACGCAGACAACGGGACCAAACAAGAAGAGGCUAGUCCGGCCAACGCUGCCCCCCAGGCGGCUCAGCAGGUGGGAAACUGA